AUGAAUUCUGUGCACAUUCCGGUCAGCUCCAUCAGUCUUCCCUCUAGGUUACAUCCCAAUUCUCUCAAGAUUGAGGCAGAGCUAACCAAGCUAAAGUCUUGGGAUUUCUUAUCAUCUGCUUCUGCUACAAAUCCUCUAGGAGCUGAGACCAUUAAUCUGGGCUUGACUAAGCUUGCAGAGUUACUUAUUUGCGUUGAGGAACUCACUCAGUAUCCUCAAAAACAAGAAGCUUAUCACCACCAGCAUUUAGACCAGGUUGAAGAGUUAAUCGACGCGUCUGUAGGAUUGGUAGACGUGUGCAGCACUGCUAGAGACCUAUUGUUGGCAAUGCAAGAACAUAUCCGGGACCUGCAAUCAGCGUUGCGUAGAAGGGGUAAAGAUUCAUCAAGCAUCGAAAGUGAUGUUCAAGCUUAUGUUAGUUUCAGAAAGAAGGCAAAGAAAGAAGUCACCAAGUCGCUUGCAACAUUGAAGAAAAUGGAAGGCAAUGCCUUAUCCUUUCCUACGUUGGACGAAGAGCAUCAUUUAUCGUAUGUAGUUAAAGUGAUAGAAGAAGUUCAUGCCAUUGCUGUUACCAUCUUUCGAUCUGUCAUGUUAUUCUUGUCCCCGCUUGCAACCAAGACAAACGUUGUUGGCUGGUCAUUGAUUUCGAAACUGAUACGUUCAGGGUUGCAUGAUUCUGAUAGAGGUGAGAAGAUUUUCAAUGAGGUGGGGAAAACUGAUAUUGCUCUCUGCUCUAUUCAUGGAAAAAUCAGGAAAAAUAAUGAUGCCAAUUUUGAUGUGCAACAAGUGCAAGAGAGAUUGGAGACACUUGAUGUUAGCAUCCAAUAUCUUGAGGCUAAAUUAGAUUGCCUGUUUAGAUGCCUAAUCCAAAAUAGAGUGUCCCUUCUCAAUCUUGUGACCCCCUGA